AUGGAUGUUGUUUCCCAUUGCUUUUUGGUUGAGAUGGAAAUAGAAAAAGCAGGGUGUAGUCAGACAGUUCGUAUGAAAGUUGAGCUGAAGAAAGAGUGCCAGUUUGGUGAUAGCUUUCUGAUAGUAGGAGAUGACCCCAUUCUUGGAUCAUGGAACCCAUCUCAUGCCAUACCACUUAACUGGUCAGAAGGCCACAUCUGGAGUCUUUUACUGGAAUUGCCUGUGGGCAAGUCAAUCCAAUACAAAAUCUUGCUUAAGAAACAAACAGGUGAAAUAUUGUGGCAACCUGGUUCAGACAGAAGUAUCCAAACAUGGGACACCGAGAAUGUUAUAACUGUGACCGAAGAUUGGGAUACUGCAGAAGCACAACAGAUAAGUGAAGAUGAACAGAUUAGUGACGAAAAUGAGGAAGUAACGAAUAGAUCAUUGGUGUUGGCAUCUAUUUUAGACUCAUCCAAGAAUGAUAAACUAGAUCGCGUACCUAAAGACAACUUUUCUGGCGCUGAAGAUAAAACUGAGGUUCACCUGAAACAGAAUUCAUCCUCACAUACAGUCAAGAAUGGAAGUAACUCAGUUAGAAGUACACAAAGAAAGGUAAGCGCGUUUAGAAAGAGUAACGAGCAAAAGGGCAAAGCCGACACAAAGGAAGGGAACUUUGUUAUCGCUGAUGAAGGUCCUGUUCUUGUACCGGGCUUGAGUCUGCCAGUGUCAUCUUCUGAAGAUGAUUUCGCUAAUGGAAAUCAGAAGUCCACCCAUUUCAAUAUACAUUGA